AUGAGUCCAACCACUGCCGACUCCCAAGCCCACGGAAACACUUCAGAUCAUGAAGGUUCAUCUAUUUCCGAAGUUUCGAAUAUCAAGGCCUUAAACGGCGAGAAGACUUACUCAAUAUCGCCAAUCGACCCUGAAUCAGCCCCUUCUGCUGCUCCAUUAGCUAGCAGCGACAAUGACGCCAAUAUCGUCGAUUUCGACGGUCCAGAUGACCCCUAUCGACCUCUCAACUGGCCCAUGCGGAAGAAACUUGUCACAACCAUUCUCUACAGCUUCACAACUAUGGGCGCUACAUGGGCAAGCACGAUAUACAACUCGGGUAUUUCGGAGAUACAAGAGAGAUUUGGUAUAAGUAGUGAGGUUGCACUGUUGGGUAUGACGUUUUACUUGUUUGGAAAUGCCCUCGGCCCUCUGUGCUUUGCACCACUUUCUGAAGCCUACGGUCGGAAAAUCUCCGUCUUGAUACCGUACUUCAUGUGCGCCAUAUUCUCGUUCGGUACCGCAGUCGCAAAAGAUACCCAAACUGUCCUUAUUACACGCUUCUUUGCUGGUAUCUUCGCGUCUGCUCCUCUGAGCAAUGUCGGAGGCGUGUUAGCAGACAUCUGGCCGCCACAGCAACGCGGUGCGGCGCUUUUAACGUACGGUAUUGCAGUCAUUUCGGGACCCUUGGUGGCGCCUAUUGUUGGAGGGGCUCUGGUGGUUAAUAUGGAGCAUGAUGGGUGGCGGUGGGGUGAAUAUAUUACUGGUAUUCUCUUACUCGUCAUCCUCGCGGCCGAUACCUUCUUCAUAGAGGAAAGUUUCCCUCCGGUUUUACUCAGUCGAAAAGCCAGCAAACUGCGAAAGCUGACUGGGAACUGGGCUCUGCAUUCAAAACACCAAGAGAGCGACCUGAGCUUCAAAUAUUGGACACGAACAUACUUGCUUGUUCCUUUGGAAAUGCUUGUUGAUCCGAUAUGCUUCUUGAUCAACCUUUAUGCAUCAUUCGUCUAUGCUAUUAUCUACCUAACGGUUCCCGUCUUCCCAAUCGAAUUCCAAGGAGUCCGAGGCUGGAACGCCGUCAUUGGAUCCCUCCCCUUCCUGGGCGUAUUGAUAGGAGCGUUCUUCGGCGGACUCGUCUUGAUGUGGAGUCAGGGCUUCUACGUCGAGCGCAUGGCUGCAAAUAACAACAAACCAGUUCCUGAAGCUCGCCUGCUUCCUAUGAUGAUUGGAUCAUUCUUUUUUGCUGGGGGUUUGUUUAUUAUAGGCUGGACAUCUGACCGGUCGAUUCAUUGGAUAGCGUUUUGCAUCGGCGGUGUAUGUAUUGGCCUUGCUUAUUUCACCAUUUUUCAAAGUGCAAUCAGUUAUCUGGUUGACACGUACUUCAUGCUGGCUGCUAGUGCUCUUGCUGCAAACAUGCUGAUGCGAAGCGUCCUUGCUGGAGCUUUUCCAUUGUUUGCUCAUGCAAUGUUCACCAAUCUUGGCAUUGAUUGGGCCUGUAGUGUGUUAGGGUUCAUUGCGGUAGCCAUGAUACCGAUUCCGUUCUUGUUUUAUACGUUCGGCAAGAGAUUACGUGCAUGGGGAAAAAGCUUAUCUGGAUAUUAUGGAUCUGUCGACCGAUUUAGCUCGAUUUCCGUUCAUUUCCGUGUUAAGAGGAUGUAG